GUCAGAUAAAAAAUGUUACAAACAUUUGUUUUGCCCUGACUACUCUUUCUCGUUUUUGAAACUGAAUCUGAAGUUGAAGGCCAAGAGAAAAUGGCCCAUUACCAUAACGUCGAUAAGGACAAUGAGGUGGAGUUUGUUCAAACUGGCUAUGGGAAGGAUAUGGUAAAAGUUCUCCAUAUUCAGCGAGAUGGAAUAUAUCACAGCAUUAAAGAGGUGGCAACUUCGGUGCAACUCACGCUGAGCUCCAAAAAAGAUUAUCUACAUGGAGAUAAUUCAGACAUCAUCCCUACAGACACCAUCAAGAACACAGUUCAUGUCUUGGCAAAGUUCAAAGGAAUCAAAAGCAUAGAGACUUUUGCUAUGAAUAUCUGUGAACAUUUCCUUUCUUCUUUUAACCACGUCAUCAGAGCUCAAGUCUACGUGGAAGAAGUCCCUUGGAAGCGUUUUGAAAAGAACGGAGCCAAGCACGUCCACGCGUUUGUUCAUACGCCCACGGGAACGCACUUCUGUGAGGUUGAGCAGAUGAGGAGUGGACCUCCAGUCAUUCAUUCUGGAAUCAAAGACCUUAAGGUCUUAAAAACGACCCAGUCUGGAUUUGAAGGAUUCAUUAAGGACCAGUUCACCACACUCCCUGAGGUGAAGGACCGGUGCUUUGCCACCCAAGUGUACUGCAAGUGGCGCUACCACCGAUGCAGAGAUGUGGACUUUGAGGCUACCUGGGACACUGUUCGAGACCUUGUCCUAGAGAAAUUUGCUGGACCCUGUGACAAAGGCGAGUACUCGCCUUCUGUCCAGAAGACCCUCUACGACAUCCAGGUGCUCUCCCUGAGCCGGCUUCCUGAGAUAGAAGACAUGGAAAUCAGCCUGCCGAAUAUCCAUUACUUUAACAUAGACAUGUCUAAAAUGGGACUGAUCAACAAGGACGAGGUCUUGCUCCCAUCGGACAACCCCUAUGGCAAAAUUACUGGUACAGUGAGGAGGAAGCUGGCUUCCAAGCUGUGACUUUGGAGCCGAGUUGGAGUCCACUCUCAGCUGAAGAAUUCACAAGUCACUUGUGAUGCUGGACACCAUAGCAUGUAACCAUGCUAUGAUUUUCAACCUAGUCUGUUGAUUUAUAGUGUGCACUUUCCUCUUGUAUGAAAGAACUCUUCUACACCAAGCUCAGCAGGGUGUUUUAUGAUUAGUAACCAUAACAGGCUUUGUGGAUACAGUUUAUUUAACAAAUGCAGAGCAGUAUUAGAAUAAUCGUCUAUUAAUAUUUCUUUUUAGCCUAUCUUAGAGAUGCUUUGGAAUCAAUUCACCAAGAAAAUAAUCAUGAAUUAAUAGAAGUGUCAUAUCAGUUAAUUUGUGUACAAGUUUAAGAAACAAGCUUGUAUUCAUCCUACUGAUGCUAGAACUUUGCUUCUGGAUGGUGCAGAAAACAUGACGAACAAAAUCACAUUUUGAAAUAUAUCACUGUUGUGGCUUCAGUUAGAUGGCAUAUUUGAAUUUGUAAGAAUGCUUAGUUUAUUCCUACUCUGAAAGUACAUUUUUAUUCUUGCUAUAUUGGUUUUAUGACUUCUACAAUCCUUAGAGAGAAUUUAGUAUGCAUUGGGGCCCUGAAAAAAAGUAUAAGUUUUUUUCUUUAAAUAAUGCAUCACUUUGUCACAAAGAGCAUGUUUAAUAAAAGCUAAGUCAAUAUGCCAAUGGGUGAACAGACACACAGAAAGAAGACUAGAAACUCUGUAUAUGGCAAUAUUGGCAGUGAUGAUUUCUGCACAGUGGGAUCUGGGUGAUUCUUAUUUCUGGCCAUGUGCUUUUCUGAAUCUUUCAAAUAUGAACAUUUAUCAUCUACAUAAUCAGAGAAAUAAAUAUAAUUGAUGAUUCAAA